AUGGUUUUGAAGAGUUACGCGCCGCAGAUGGAGGUGCUAAGUCACGAAUCGGUGGGGGGUUUCGUGACUCACUGCGGUCAGUGUUCGCUUCUGGAAGCGGUGUCGUUUGGGGUUCCGAUGAUUGGUUGGCCGCUGUACGCGGAGCAGAGGAUGAAUCGGGUUUUCAUGGUGGAGGAGAUGAAGGUGGCGCUGCCGCUGGAGGAGGCGAAGGAUGGGUUCGUGACGGCGGCUGAGCUGGAGAAGAGAGUCAGGGAGCUGAUGGACUCGGACACCGGGAGAGAGGUGAGACGCCGGGUAACGGAGAUGAAACACUCCGCGGCGGCGGCGGUGGCAAAGGGUGGAUCGACGGUGGCUGCUAUGGAGAAGUUUAUGGAGUCGGUGAUUCGGGGUUAA